GUCAUACUCUGAUCGACCAACAGGUAAGAAUCGCGCCUUCCCCUUCACUUUCAUUUCGUUUGGUGAACCCUUGCUUUGUGUACCUGAAAACCUUCGCACCCAGCCUCGGCCGCUUUAUCUACCUUCGCUUGCUAAACAAUUUGGCAGUACCUCGCUCUUCACACAUCACUCACCACUUGCUCUCACUAUGCGUACACAAAUCCUCUCGCUCAUUGCUGCGACAUCGGCUGUCGCCGCCCAGUCCUCCACCAUUGUCGCUGCUCCUGUAGUCACCGGCAACACGAAGGGUGCAUCAUACGUUGCUACUCUGCCUGAGCAGCAGAAGUACACUGUUCGCGGCUCUGUUGCUGCAGUCUCCGCUGAGGAUGGCACCGGCGUCAAGUUCACAGUCUCGAUCUCUGGUCUUCCUGCCGAGGGCGGUCCCUUCAUGUACCACCUUCACGAGAAGCCCGUUCCUUCCGACGGCAACUGCACCGGCACUGGCGCUCAUCUUGACCCCUACAAGCGUGGCGAGGUCCCCAUCUGCGAUGCUAGCAAGCCUGAGACUUGCCAGACUGGUGACUUGAGCGGCAAGUUUGGCAACAUCACUGCACAGGAGUGGUCGCAAGAAUAUGUUGACCUGUACUCGUCCACUCGCCCGGAUAUCAACUCCUACUUCGGCAACCUCUCUGUCGUAGUUCACUUGUCCAACAAGACUCGCAUUGCCUGCGCCAACUUCACACAACUUUCGCCCGGCGAGCCCGCUGAGUACCCCACCUCCAGCAUCAACCUGAGCACUGGCAUCUCAUCCGGUUAUGCAAUCCCAACUGGCAGCGGUGGUAACAGCAGCGUUGGUUACAACAGCACUACUCCAUCCACGCCAUCUGGCACUGCAACUCCCACCACCGCGAUCCCAAUCUCGCCUAGCGCAGCCUCUAGCUCCGCACCCGCCUUCACAGACGCUGCACCCAAGCUGGUUAGUGGUGCUGCCGGCGCUAUCGUCGCUGUUGCCGCUGUUCUGCUACUCUGAGUGACGUGCCACACGGACAUUGUCUGACUUGGGGUAUAUUGACUGUGGCACCUCGAGAACUUAAUGUCUCGAUGGAGCUCGACUGUGCAUUUUGGCGUUCUGGGAUUAUCAUCGAUACCACUGAGCUGGGUAAGCUCCUUUCUUCUACAUGGCAGGCCUGCGUUACGGGCACUUUUCUUGUACAUUGUUCAUUUUCGAUUACAAUAAUUUGGGGGAUUGUGUAAUGGAGAUGAAACGUAGAUGCUAAAUUGAACAACGAUUCAACCUUCAA